UAUAAUAUUGAGUGUUUUAUACAAGGAUUGACGUCAUAUAUUGUAACGUAACCCCUUUGAUUUUUCAGUCUCCAGCAAUCCUCAAAGUUCACACCACAACAAAGUAAAAAAAAAAUCGUACCAUCUUUGCUUUUUCUUUUAUUUUUCUUUCUUUACCUCCAACACUUUCCACGCAUUAAUACACAAAAACAAAAAAACUUCAUCCACAAUAUCUCUCUCUACUAGCUCUCUAAGUUUAGAGAAAAAUAUCAAAACUCAUUUCUUGAUCUUUCAAGAGGUCCUCGAUUCUGAAUAACCCUUAAGUGACAUAAACCAUUUUUUUAUAUAUGUUGUCGUUUUUGUUGUGUUGUUAUUAUCUUAUAUCGGUAUAACAUGUGAUGAGAUCUCCUCACAUCAUCAUUUCACUUGUUCUCUUCUUCUUCCUUUCUCUAAUCCUCCAAACCCACCAAAGAACCACUGAUCAAACUCACCAGAUUGGCUCCAAUGUUCAACAUUUUAGUGACAUGGCGGUGACUUCGCCGGAAGGGAAAAGAAGAGAGAGGUUUAGAGUUCGGCGGCCGAUGACAACAUGGCGGAAGGGGAAGAUGCUCGGUGCCAAUGAACAUGGAGUCCCAAGUGGUCCAAAUCCCAUUUCGAAUAGGUAGAAAUAUAUUUAAUUAUCUUCUUGUAUGAAUAUUUCGCCUAGUAUCAUAGUAGCUUAUGAGAUCGUACGUACAAAAAUCAACAAUUGUUAUGUUGCUUGUCUGAUUCAAAAAUUUGAAACUUCCA